AGAGCACAAAAGCACGCCAUCAUUUACAGGAGCAGAAUCGUAAUUUCAAGUCGUCUUCCAGAAAUUCUUCUUCGUUUCCAUUUCCCGCGACCUCCGACUCCGCGUUUCUUCUCCUCGUAACAUUUCCCCGUUUAGACUUUAAACCUCUCAUCUCGAAUCCUUUCUCUGUUCCUAAACCCGACUCACCGCGAUCGAGUGGAUCACCCGCAUUCAACCUCGACAGAGUCAGGGUUGCCAAAACUCGAGUUCAUUUGUGAUAUCUUGGGCUCCGAUUGCUCUCAUACGGAGCCUUAGCCAUGGCUAGGGUUAGAGAGAAUUGGGAGAGGCUGGUGCGCGCGACACUGAGUAGGGAACAACUGAGAAGUGCUGGCCAGGGCCACCAAAGAACUCCCAGUGGGAUUGCCGGUGCGGUCCCACCCUCACUCGUUAAAUCCACGAACAUCGAUGCGAUCUUACAGGCUGCCGAUGAGAUCCAGUCCGAGGACCCUAGUGUCUCAAGGAUUUUGUGUGAGCAAGCAUAUACCAUGGCGCAAAACCUAGACCCCAAUAGUGAUGGUAGAGGUGUUCUUCAGUUCAAGACUGGUUUGAUGUCUGUAAUAAAGCAAAAACUUGCUAAAAGGGAUGGGGCCCAAAUAGAUCGUAAUCGUGAUAUUGAGCACCUGUGGGAGUUUUACCAACAGUACAAGAGUCGGCACCGAGUGGAUGAUAUCCAAAAAGAGGAACAAAAAUUGCUGGAAUCUGGAAAUUUUAGUGCUAACCUGGGAGAGCUGCAAUUCAGAUCUAUAAAAAUGAAAAAAGCAAUAGCUAAUUUGAAGGCCAUAGUUGAGGUUAUGGAUGCGCUUAGCAAAGAUGCAGAUCCUAAUGGAGUUGGAAGACUUAUAAUUGAGGAGUUGCAAAGAAUAAAAAGGUCUGAUGCGAAAUUAGCUGGGGAACUCGCACCUUACAAUAUUGUUCCUCUAGAGACACUUUCAUUGACCAAUGCCAUUAGAACUUUUCCAGAAGUUAAAGGUGCAAUAUCUGCAAUUAGAUAUACUGAUUUUGAGAAUUCUAGACGAAGGGAUGCGGAUAUGUUUGAUCUUCUGGAAUAUGUGUUUGGUUUUCAGGAAGACAAUGUAAGGAACCAGCGGGAGAAUGUUGUCCUUAUGAUAGCCAAUGCACAAACUCGACUUGGCAUUCCUAUAGAGGUUGAUCCGAAAGUAGAUGAGAAAGCAAUAAAUGACGUUUUCUUGAAGGUGCUUGAUAAUUAUAUUAAAUGGUGCAAGUACUUGCGGAUUCGUGUUGCUUGGAACAGUAUUGAAGCAAUUAAUCGGGACAGGAAGCUUUUUCUAGUUUCAUUGUACUUCCUUAUCUGGGGUGAAGCUGCAAAUGUCCGUUUCCUUCCUGAAUGCAUUUGCUAUAUAUUCCACCAUAUGGCAAGAGAGUUAGAUGCAAUAUUGGAUCAUGGAGAAGCUAAUCGUGCUGCCAGUUGUAGAACUGAAAGUGGUGUGUCCUUCCUUGAGCAAAUUAUUUGCCCUAUCUAUGAGACAAUGGCAGCGGAAACUGUUAGAAAUGAUGAUGGGAAAGCUGCACAUUCAGCAUGGCGGAAUUAUGAUGACUUCAAUGAAUAUUUUUGGUCAUCUGCUUGCUUUGAGUUAAGCUGGCCAAUGAAGAAGGAUUCAUCGUUCUUUUUGAAGCCUAAAAGUAAAAGCUCGAAAAGGACUGGUAAAAGCACCUUUGUUGAGCAUCGGACGUUUCUUCACUUGUACCGAAGUUUUCAUCGUCUCUGGAUUUUUUUGGCUUUAAUGUUCCAGGUUUUGACAAUUAUAGCCUUCAACAAUGGACACAUCGAUUUGGAUACUUUCAAGAUAAUACUCAGCAUUGGGCCCUCAUUUGCAAUCAUGAACUUUAUAGAAAGUUGUUUAGAUGCCUUGCUUAUGUUUGGGGCUUACACCACAGCAAGAGGCAUGGCUAUCUCAAGGCUGGUUAUUAGGUUUUUCUGGUGUGGCUUGAGCUCUGUUGUGGUAACAUAUAUUUACCUGAAGGUUCUGCAGGAAAGAAAUGACCGUAAUUCAAAUAAUUCUUUCUAUUUCCGGAUAUACAUUCUUGGUGUGGGCAUUUAUGCAGCAUUACGUCUGGUCUUUGCCUUUUUACUGAAAGUUCCAGCAUGUCACACUCUGUCUGAAAUGUCUGAUCAGUCGUUCUUUCAGUUUUUUAAGUGGAUUUAUCAGGAGAGAUACUAUGUUGGACGUGGUCUUUUUGAGAGGAUGGGUGAUUAUUGCAGGUAUGUGCUCUAUUGGCUGGUGAUCUUGACAUGCAAAUUCAUAUUUGCAUACUUUCUCCAGAUCAAACCUCUUGUGAAACCCACCAAUAUUAUUAUAAAGCUUCAGUCUUUGGAUUACUCAUGGCAUGAUUUGAUCUCAAAGAACAAUAAUAAUGCCUUGACUGUAGCUUGUCUAUGGGCUCCUGUUGUGGCUAUCUAUCUCAUGGACCUUCACAUCUGGUACACUCUUUUGUCAGCAAUUGUUGGUGGUGUAAAGGGUGCGCAAGCUCGCUUAGGCGAGAUACGUUCUAUUGAAAUGGUGCAUAAACGUUUCGAGAGCUUCCCUGAAGCCUUUGCCAAGAAUCUUGUCUCACCAGAAACUAGAAGGAUGGCCUUUGACAGACUUUCACCUCAGGAUUCUGAGAAUAUGAACAAGACGUAUGCAGCAAUGUUUUCUCCAUUUUGGAAUGAUAUAAUCAAAAGUUUGCGUGAGGAAGAUUAUAUUAGUAAUAGGGAGAUGGACUUACUAUCUAUUCCUAGCAACACAGGAAGUCUGAGAUUAGUACAAUGGCCUUUGUUUCUUCUUAGCAGCAAGAUCUUGUUGGCAAUAGAUUUGGCCUUGGACUGCAAAGACACACAGGCAGAUCUUUGGAAUAGAAUAUGUAGGGAUGAGUACAUGGCAUAUGCAGUUCGGGAGUGCUACUACAGUGUUGAAAAAAUUUUGCAUUCCUUGGUUGACGGUGAAGGUAGUCUUUGGGUGGAAAGGAUAUUCCGUGAGAUAAACAAUAGUAUAUUGGAAGAUUCACUUCUUAUAACCUUAUCGCUUGAGAAGCUUCCAGUGGUGCUUUCAAGAUUUACAGCGUUGACUGGGCUCCUGAUACGGAAUGAAAUGCCUGAACUCGCAAGAGGUGCUGCAAAGGCUCUUUUCGAGCUAUAUGAUGUAGUCACACAUGAGUUGCUUUCUUCUGAUUUGAGGGAGCAGCUUGAUACGUGGAACCUUUUGGCGAGAGCAAGAAAUGAAGGAAGACUUUUUUCUAGUAUAGAAUGGCCCAAGGAUCCAGAAAUUAUAGAGCAAGUGAAGCGCUUGCAUCUUCUUCUUACUGUAAAGGAAUCUGCAGCUAAUGUUCCAAAGAAUCUUGAAGCAAGAAGAAGAUUAGAGUUCUUUACCAAUUCGUUAUUCAUGGACAUGCCUGCAGCAAAGCCAGUUAGUGAAAUGCUUCCCUUCAGUGUCUUCACUCCAUACUACAGUGAGACUGUUCUCUAUAGUUCCUCUGAAUUGCGGGUUGAAAAUGAAGAUGGAAUUUCUAUUCUUUUCUAUCUUCAGAAGAUUUUUCCAGAUGAAUGGAAUAAUUUUUUGGAACGGAUUGGCCGAGGUGGGGAUACUAGAGAUGCGGAUCUUCAAGAGAGUUCAAGUGAUUCUUUGGAGCUUCGGUUUUGGGUUUCUUAUCGGGGGCAGACUCUUGCUAGGACUGUGCGUGGUAUGAUGUAUUAUAGAAGGGCUUUAAUGCUCCAGAGUUAUUUGGAAAGGAGACUACUGGGAGUGGAUGGUUAUUCUCAAUUGGGCUUCUCCACAACUCAAGGUUUUGAGUUGUCUCCCGAAUCACGGGCACAAGCAGAUUUGAAGUUUACGUAUGUGGUGUCAUGCCAAAUUUAUGGUCAACAAAAACAAAAAAAGUUGCCGGAGGCUGCUGACAUUGCUCUUUUGUUGCAGAGGAAUGAGGCACUCCGAGUUGCCUUCAUACAUGAAGAGGAGAGCAGUGCAGUGGAUGGAAAGGUUUCAAAGGAUUUUUAUUCAAAGCUUGUCAAAGCUGAUAUACAUGGAAAAGAUCAGGAAGUAUAUUCCAUCAAACUACCUGGUAAUCCAAAGCUUGGAGAAGGGAAGCCUGAAAACCAGAACCAUGCUAUUAUCUUCACUCGUGGGGAAGCUCUUCAAACUAUCGACAUGAAUCAGGACAAUUACCUUGAGGAGGCAAUGAAAAUGAGAAAUCUUCUUGAGGAAUUUCGUGGUAAUCAUGGCAUACGACAGCCAACUAUUCUUGGUGUCAGAGAGCAUGUUUUUACUGGAAGUGUCUCAUCAUUAGCUUGGUUCAUGUCCAAUCAAGAGACUAGCUUUGUAACUUUGGGCCAGCGUGUUUUAGCAAGUCCGCUCAAGGUACGCAUGCAUUAUGGUCAUCCAGAUGUGUUUGAUAGAAUAUUUCACAUAACUCGUGGAGGCAUCAGUAAGGCAUCACGUGUUAUUAAUAUUAGUGAAGAUAUAUUUGCGGGUUUCAACUCCACAUUGAGGCAGGGCAACAUUACGCACCAUGAAUACAUUCAGGUUGGAAAAGGAAGGGAUGUUGGAUUAAACCAGAUUGCCCUAUUUGAAGGGAAAGUGGCAGGUGGAAAUGGAGAGCAAGUCCUUAGUAGGGAUGUAUACAGAAUCGGACAACUGUUUGAUUUCUUCAGAAUGUUGUCAUUCUUUUUCACAACUGUUGGUUACUAUGUUUGCACAAUGAUGACAGUUCUCACUGUAUAUAUAUUUUUAUAUGGAAGACUAUACCUGGCUUUCUCUGGGCUUGAUCAACAAAUCUCUGAAAAAGCAGAAGAGCUGGGUAGCACAGCUCUAGAUGCAGCUUUGAAUGCUCAGUUCUUAGUCCAGAUUGGAGUUUUCACAGCAGUCCCAAUGAUAAUGGGCUUUAUACUUGAAUCGGGAUUGCUAAAGGCUGUUUUCAGUUUUAUUACAAUGCAACUUCAGUUGUGUUCUGUCUUCUUCACCUUUUCAUUAGGAACAAGAACUCAUUAUUUUGGCCGCACCAUCCUCCAUGGAGGUGCAAAGUACCGAGCAACUGGCAGAGGCUUUGUUGUCCGUCACAUCAAGUUUGCUGAUAAUUACAGGCUUUAUUCAAGAAGUCAUUUCACCAAAGCGCUUGAGGUGGCACUACUUCUUAUAGUUUAUAUUGCAUAUGGGCAUACAAAAGGAGGUGCUGUUUCGUUUGUUUUGCUAACUAUAAGCAGUUGGUUCCUCGUUAUCUCAUGGCUCUUUGCUCCUUAUAUAUUCAAUCCCUCUGGAUUUGAGUGGCAAAAGACUGUUGAGGAUUUUGAUGAUUGGACUAGUUGGCUUCUGUAUAAAGGUGGAGUUGGUGUGAAGGGAGAAAAUAGCUGGGAAUAUUGGUGGGAUGAAGAACAGGUGCAUAUAAAAACGUUGAGAGGUCGUAUAUUGGAAACAAUUUUGAGUUUGAGGUUCUUCAUAUUCCAGUAUGGCAUUGUAUACAAACUACAUCUCACAGGAAAGGAUACAUCACUUGCACUAUAUGGCUUCUCCUGGGUCGUGUUGGUUGCCAUUGCCCUGAUAUUCAAGGUCUUUACCUACAGCCCUAAAAAAUCAAGAAGCUUCGAGUUAAUGAUGCGGUUGAUACAGGGAGUCGCAUCCUUGGGACUUGUUGCAGCCCUCGCCCUCGUUAUUGCCUUUACUUCUCUGUCAAUAGCAGACCUGUUUGCAAGCAUUCUUGCAUUUAUUCCCACUGGAUGGGGCAUACUAUGCCUUGCAAUCACUUGGAAGAAGCUCGUUUGGAAAAUAGGGUUUUGGGAUUCGGUGCGUGAAUUUGCUAGAAUGUAUGAUGCCGGGAUGGGUUUGCUUAUUUUUACCCCAAUAGCCGUACUAUCAUGGUUCCCCUUCAUUUCCACGUUCCAGUCUCGACUUCUCUUUAAUCAAGCAUUUAGCCGUGGGCUGGAGAUCUCCAUCAUUCUUGCUGGAAACAAAGCUAAUGUUGAAAGUUAAAAGUAUCCUGCCCCAUAUCUUCCAAGUAUUGCUGGUGCUGUGAUCAAAUGGAUUUGUAUAUUUAUGAUUCCAAUUUUAUAUUCUUUUGAUUUUUCAAGUUUUUAAUGUGAUACUAACUACUCCUGGGUCGGUCUUUUUGAACUGCUAGGAUCCUACAUGGUUGGAUUGUGUAGAGAUGAUGUGUUUGUAGAAAUGGAAGCCUUUUGAAGCCGUUAGCAUGUGCUGUAUUUAGCUUCUCUGAGUAGUUUUAGGAUAUAACAGCCUUAUGUAUUUCCAAUGUUAUUAUUAUUAUUAUUAUUAUUAUUAUUAUUAUUUUA